AUGGCCCUUGCUUCUUCACCCCGAGGAGACAAUGUGGAAUCAAAGAGCCCCUCCGGAUCAGAGAAUGGAACCCCUGCCGUUGGGGCAGCCGCCACUCCUAUUCCCCUGAGGAACGACUGGGUCUUUUGGCACGACAAGUUCGUUGCCAAUGCCACCCCAGCAGAGUACACUGAGAACCUCAAGGAGAUUGCCGAUGUCAACACUGUCCAGUCCUUUUGGUCGGUGUACAACAACAUCACGGGCCCUGAGCGUCUGACCUUGAGAUGCUCGCUCCACUUCAUCCACAAGGGGGUCAAGCCCCUGUGGGAGGAUCCCAAGAACGAGCAUGGAGGCGCAUGGAACUUCAGGACGGCCAAGGGCGAUACUGCCUUUGUCUGGCGCGAGCUGUUGAUGGCCUUGAUUGGCGAGCAGUUUGAGGAAACCAUUUCCAAGGACGAUCAGAUCUUUGGCUUGUCCGUCUCAGCACGCUGGAACUCUGACAUUUUCCAGAUCUGGAACAUGGAUUCGUCGCUCAAGGAAAACAGCACAGUCAUGGAGAAGGUCGCCGAGAUUCUCAAGGAUGUCCAAAUCCAGUCUCCUUUCUACAAGGCCCACAAGGACCACGACCACUUCAAGAUGUAA